UUCAAUAAAAUUUUUAGUUUUUUGUUUCUCUAAAAAAAACUUUCCAAAAUGUCAACUUCUCCUGCUUCAAAAACAUGGRAAAGACCUCCAGGAAAGAUAAAACUUAAAGUAAAGAAGAAAAACGGUUCUGUUGGUCUUUCAACAGUGAAGAAUCUUAACGUUUURAAGCCAUURAGUCCAAAUGUUCAACAAAAUGGCCGACUYGCUUCSAAGAGAAAGAACCCKUUUGGAUGUUCACCUCGRAAAAAAAGAACUUUAGARACGAACUGUGAUCAGAAAGAACAAGAGAACCAGCUUUUUAGGGCCUUAGAUGGUCAAAGAGAAGAGCCYAAAGAGAAGGAGAAUAAGUAUUUUGAUAUUUCAGAUGUUGAAUUACRAAACAACGAGRAUACUUUUGAACCUAAARAAGAGMAAACAACAGACAGAGAAGUAGARAAAGAYGAAGGAAAAACCUCAAAACAAGGCCAAAAAAGGUUUCCUAUUGACUGGAGCUUAAAAACKAAAGUUAGGUUYACUUCUUCGACGUCUUUUAGUUGGKCAAAUUCGCURAAAAGUUUUGAAYUAGCGGAAGGAAUCUCUGGUUUUGUACGUUGUGAGUCAGAAAACAUCCUUGAAGAAAAUGUAAAAAGUACCGAAGAUUCAAGUGCAGAUUUUUAUCGGAUUGAAUACACUCUGCCUCAUGGUCAGAAUGAAGAGUCCAACAUGUCUGGCUCUGAUUCAGAAGCUGAAGAUAAUGACCAUGAUGAAAAAGUUGAUGCACAGGAGUGGGAGGAUGAAGAAGACUGGCUACAGAGCAUGGGUCUAAACAAAGAACAGUUUGCCACUUUAGAAUCACACAAGAACAAUAUCCAAAUGGCAAAAACCAGAAACACUGAUCAACAUCCAAACUCUACUGUUGUUGUUCAAGGCAGUGACACUCAAGCUUUGUAUAAUUUUAUCUUGAACUGGAGAAGUAUAACCCCUAAGAAUGGUCAGCUUGCUGGUGUCCCUCCAACGCUUAUCUCACCUGUUGCCUUUGAAGGUGCUACCCUAAGAUCUCAUAAAGUUCAUCAAGGAAUUGUGAGGCACCAGAGAACAAAAGAAAUGAAACAGCUAUUCAGCCUUGAAGUAACUGGUCCUAUAUUACCAGGAUGUCUACAUAACAUCUGUAAGUUAUUACAUACUACACAAAAAGGAGAGUUCACUGCUACCAUGGUGCAGUACCAACCUACUGUUGCCUUCAACAUACCAUCAGUUAGUAAUGAGGAGGGUCUUCCUUUGGUGGCUCACAGCAAAUAUGGACUGUCACAAUCACAAGCUGAGUAUUUGUCACAGUCUCAAAAGGAAUUACAAAAGAACUGCCUAAAAGAACUUUUGUGCAAAGGUGCUUCAUAUACCUGGAAAAUUUCAGGGUCUUCCUGA